AUGUCUUACCCGAACGAAAAAGAAGCCGAGCAUAUGGAGCGAGUCUCUACUAUCGAGAACGACUCGGCGUUGCAUGACAAGGGCGCCGCCGCCGAAGCCCACGCAAUCGCGACUACCUGGGUAGACGGCACCACGCAAGAGAAGAGGUUGGUCCGCAAGCUCGACUGGCGUAUCCUCCCUUGCACGUGGGUUUUGUAUCUCCUUGGGUUUCUCGAUCGAGCCAACAUUGGAAACGCCAAAACAGGCGGCCUGGAGGAGGACUUCGGUUUGACUUCGUCUCAAUACUCCAUCAUCGUGCUCGUGUUCUUCAUCUCAUACCUCAUCUUUGAGGUCCCCGCCAACAUGAUUCUGACUCGCGUGCGGCCGAGCGUGUUCCUUCCUGGACUGGGUUUGAUCUGGGGUACAUUCGCUGCGCUCAUGGGCGCAACGCAAAAUUGGAGCCAGUUAGCCGGAAUGCGGUUCCUCCUUGGGUUUGCUGAGGCUGGCUUCGCGCCGGGUUGCGCAUUCUUCCUUUCAUCAUGGUACCGGCGAUACGAACUCGCGACGCGAUAUGCCCUGCUGUACACCUCGGUGCCGCUCGCUGGUGCCAUAUCAGGUCUCCUUGCCGGCGUGAUCACCGACCAUAUGGAGGGAGUGUCUGGUUUGCCUGGCUGGAGGUGGCUUUUUAUCCUAGAAGGCCUUGGCUCAAUCGUCGCAUCCGUUAUCAUCUACUUCCUCAUGCCAAACUACCCUUCAAAUAGCACUCGAUUCCUGUCAGAAGAGGAAAGCCUUCUCGCCUGUAACAGACUGGCAGUCGACGGCAUUGCUUUGACGCAAGGAUCCGGUGCUGAGAAAAUCCCACAUUGGGUCGCGUUCAAGAUGACAUGUCGGGACUGGAGGGUGUGGGCGCAAUGUCUUCUCUUUGUCCUAGUGACGGGAUCUCAAACGAUGCAGUACUUCAUCCCAACGCUUGUAGAAAGCUUUGGAUGGACAGGUCCUUCUGGUCAAUAUCACACAAUCCCCGCGUACAUGGCCGCCCUUGUAUACGUCGUCACAAGUUGCUACCUAGCAGAUCGAUACAAACGCAAAUGGCAAUUCAUCUGCGGUCUUUCAGGGCUAGGCUGCGUUCUUUUCAUUGCUGUGGCCACAAUCAACCCGGACUCUCACAAUGACAGAAUAGCUCAAUACGUGCUCACAAUCUUUGCCUUCGGCACAAUCUAUGGCUGUUCGCCGCUCGUCAAGACCUGGGUUUCAGAUGUCAUUCCGCAACCGGCUGCAAAGCGAGCAGUAGCCAUUGCUCUCAUCAACGCAAUUGGGAAUGCCUCUUCCAUUUAUAGUACCUGGCUAUGGCCAGACAAGGAUGCGCCGAGGUACAUUCCCGGUUUUGCGACGACGACAUGCUGGCUCGGUGUUCUUUGCGUGUGCACGGCGGUAUUUGCGUGGUUCUUUGACAAGUAUCCGGUUCAAAGAGCCGAUCAUGCGACUGUGAUGGCAGGGGAAUUGCAAGCUAGAAGAGAGGAGCAAGAUGAUGGCGUAAAGGUUUAG